GUGAUAUUUCGCGCGGAACGAGGCUUUUGGAAGGUCUCUAGAUUUUACUGCAUUGUAGACGGUUCUGACCUAUUUACGCAUGGUUUAUGUGGGUCGAAUUCUACAGCUGACUUUAAAAAAACGUUUCAUUCAUAGAUUUUUACAAUGGUUUGAUCAUCGUGGGUGAUUUCAUGUGCGUGGUAGCAAGUAAAUGAAAUAUUGACGUUCUAAGGUGAAAUCACGUGAGGUAUUCUUUCUGGCAUUUCUUUGAAGAAUGGAAGGGGGAGAAAAUAGCAAGGAGGAUACAGCUUCAGAAGAGCCCCAGAAGAGGGGCCGGGGAAGACCCCGAAAGGAAAAGACAGAAGAGCCUGAAGACGCGGAACCCAAGCCCAAACGUCCAAGAGGGCGACCAAAAGGCAGCUUUAAAAAACCGAAAUCUACGGAGGAAAAACCCAAAGGGACCCGGGGAAGACCUCGAAAGACUCCUCCUUCAUCACCAACAAAGGAGGAAAAGAAAUCAAAAUGAGAUCGGAGUUUAGGGACAACAGGACCUAAAAUAAUGUACAGCAUUGAUAUGUGUCCAAACUUCUAUGUGCUGCCGUAACUGUUUUAAUGUGUUCAAAGACUGGAUCUGUAUUUUAGUCAAUGUAGUUCAGUUUAUUUUUUUUUAAUGGAAGAUGCCCGUUCCUUAACUGCCUCAAGCAUUUACUUCAUGUAUCCAUGUAUUAUCUGUUCAUGUUUCAUUUUCACUGCAUAUUCCACUUGUCUCCAUAUAUUGGCAUUUUUCUCUCAUUUCAUCAUUUUAAUAAAUAUAUACAUUCUUUUUGCAAAA